GAUAUUUUAUUUCCUCCUUUUUAUUAUCUAAAGCAUAUUGAUCGGAUUCUAAAUGUGCCAACUUGAAGUAGAAAAUGUAUUCACUUUAAGUAAAAGAUCCAUUCAACAUUGAGAAGUUCUACUACUUCUGUUAGAAAACUUUGAUUAGUUUUACUUAACAUGAUUUCUUUUGGGAAGAGUAUUUGAUUAAGUUUCAGUCAAAGUUCUUAAUUCUUGUGCCAUGGAUAGGAAUUUUACGUACAAUGUUACGAGUAGUUUUGGUGAAAACGUUACAUUUAUUACAAGUUCAAAAUGGCCACUUUUAACUGAGCAGCCACCAACAUUCAAUGAAGCAUUUAUGACAAGGACUAUAAUAUUGAGUCUUUUGUUUUUAAUGGCCCUAAUUGGAAACACAGCAACCAUUAUCCAAAUGUAUAGAAUGCGGAAGAGAAGAUCAACGAUAAAUAUAUUAAUUGUCAACUUAGCAAUAGCUGAUUUGUUAAUUACAUUCUUUAUAAUGGGAGUUGAUGCCGUAUGGGCUUCAACAGUCCAGUGGUUAGCCGGAAACGUCAUGUGUAAAAUUAUAAAAUUUGGUACUGCUACAGGCUUACUUGCGUCCACAUAUAUUAUUGUUGUGAUCAGUUUGGACCGAUGUUGCGUGAUUAUGGACCCUAUAAGUCGUCACAAAGCUCCAAAACGAGUUAAAAUCAUGAUUGUUAUAUCUUGGAUACUCAGUGCCUUAUUUAGUUUACCUCAGGUUUUCAUAUUUAGUGUACUGAGAGGACCAUUUGAGGAAGAUUUCUAUCAAUGUGUUGAUAAGACAUUCCCUUACAAGCAAUAUCAGAAAAUGUACAACAUGUUUUCGUUGAUUACCCAGUUUAUGAUACCUCUAGGAAUUAUGGUCGUAUCGUAUGGUCUCAUAUUUUACACAAUAUCUAGAAAAUCUAAGGAAUUUAGAGAACCAGAACAUGCGUCAACGUCAUCAGAAUCAGCGAGAGGACAAGUAAGGAGCACGUUCAUGAGGAAAGCAAAACGAAAAGCUUUGCGAAUGUCUAUUUUUAUUGUAGCAACAUUCAUCGUUUGUUGGUUCCCAUACUAUGUUAUAUUUACAAGAAAAGCGUUCGGUCAUUCAGAGGAAACAUAUGACGCAACAUUAUUAACAGUUUUAACAACGAUUGGUCAGUCCAACGCAGUGUUGAAUCCUAUCAUAUAUGGAGCUUUCCAUUUGUGCAAGGUGCAUAAACCAAGGUUUAUGAAAAGAGACAAAUCACCAGGAACAUGCGAUAAAAUUCCCUUCAUUCGCCGUUACACGAGACAUGAGGACCACGAUGGGGCUAAUGGUACCAAUAUGACAAUAGUUGCGAUGAGACGAAAUACUGUUAUCAUGUGUAAAUGUAGUCAAACUCCAGCCUUGAUUAAACAAUCAAAGGUCCCAUGUAUCAUUAUUAUGUGUAAAUGUGAUGAAGGAACCAAACCAUUAACAGAAGAGGUUACUUCUUCUGGAGAUACAUAAUAAUACACGAUUGACAAUAAAUUAUGAAAGGAAUAAUGUUUUAGACUACGCAUUACGUUAAAAAAAUUUGCUCAUUUUGUCACACCUUAAAUAAAAUAAAUAUACUGUUAUAUUAAGAAAUGCUAACAUCCAGUUAUUGAUGCUGCUCUUGAUGAAUCGAGACAUAUCGACUCAAAUGAAAAUAAUACAAUUUUAAAAGAAGUGCUGCACUUACAUAUUAGAUAUGUAUAACGCACAAAUAAUAUGCGAUGUAAACCCUUCGGAUUUACGCCCAAAAAAACACAUUGCGACCAUACGUAAGUUAACCAUCUAUUUUGCAACAAAAAAUCAACUUCAUCCUACAGCCAGCGUUGUCUUUUGUAGACGACCGACUUUAACAACAAAGGCGCUCUGACUCCUGGGCUGGUGAUUCAAUCAGGCACUUAACGACCGCAAAUUAAAAGUUUCACAUAGCCGAUUCAAAGUCGAAGAUAUCAAGCGUAUAUUUUGAAUCCGCAUGUUUCCAACUCAUCAGUUUGGCAAGAUGCAGAACGGUAGGAGAGCUUAAUCAAAAAGGAAAUGGAAAAAACAUUGAACUAUGAAAAUCUGUGCCACAUGAUAGUUCAAUUAUUCACCAUUAAUAUUCCAAAAUAACUUACAAAACAUGACAAAUUGACGUUUCAGCCAGUAUGCUUUGGUCUAAACUGUUAAGAUAAUAUACAAUAGUACUUUACCGGUGUCAAACACGUUAUGUUUUUUGUUGUGCAACAUGCAAACAAAGAAAAAAUAAACUUAACUUUGGGUUGAUAUCGAAUGACUUUUCAAAAAGGAUGAAUAUUUACUCCAAUUCAAAACAAAGGAAAUUUACGAGAUACAAGCUGGUGAUUUAAACCCAAGUCAAAGAAAUACAGACAUAGCAACGGUUUAAAAUACGACGAAAAGACAAAAAGGUGAAUUCACAACUUAAGAUUGAUCAGCGCGAACAAAACCAAAAACUUGACUUAAGUUGUUUGUUUAUUGUACAUUACAGUUACGUUGCAGUUUUCCUUGUUCACGAGGUGGAUAAACCAAUCAUUUUACAUUUUCAUUCGAUCACUUUGUUCCUACUAGGCCUUAUUGAUUGAUGCUCACUGGGAAAGACAUUCGAAAGUAUUUGAAACAUAUAUUUUGUUACUUGUAUGUAUUGUUAAAUUGUUGUUAAGAUUUUAAA